GGAAAACAGCUGUUUCCACCAUUUUGUGAUUUCAGUUCUUGUCGAAUCCACGAUCGAAGCAAUGGGAUAUUGGCCAUUAAUAUUUCUACCAGCGAUUACCCAUGAUUGAUAACCAAAACUAAAGCUCGCAACAGCUGGCUACGUGCUUUCUGGUCAAAAAACAAAAAUAUUAUUUAAAUUCGCAACGCGCGGAGCGAGUGAGUGCAUUCAUUACGAAGACGCGAGUGUGAAACGAGUGUGAAUGUGUCUUAUGUGAUUUUAUGGGGUUUUCUUCAGCGCCGUGCUCGUUUCGGCUAAUCAAAUCGCUCGCUUUCGUUUCGUUUUGUUUCCGCAAACAAACUAUUAAUUUCACAAAAACCCGGCCUAGCAACGCCCAAUCGAAAAGAUCAACAAAACACUGAGAGAACUGAAUACGAAAAACAAAAAUCAAGUGCUGAGUAUGGAGAUUUUAGGCAAAAUGCGUGCAAUUAUUCAACGCAUGACAACCAAUUAAUUGCCAAAAGAGAGCGAGAGCAAACACAACCCGCGGCAACAAGUCGCGAGACCCCCAGAGAAUAUAUAUAGCAAUCUGGGGAGCCGGUUAACGUAACGCCUGCAAGUGCAUCGGAAAACCAACACCAGGCGGAGCGGCACUUGACCGCUUUUCCAAGCGAUUCGGCGACGGCCGCUUGGCUAAUCCCGCCCAGAAAACUCCGCUCACAAUCGCCAUCGACAUCGCGAUGAUUUAUGCAGCUAUUUCUGGCGGUCCAUGUGGAAUAUUCAGCAGGACCCGCAAAUAAUUGACAUCAGAGUGUUUGCUGCACACUUGUUUGAUAUGUAAACCGCGGGUCGUGCCAACAAUAGUGUAAACAGCGAUAUCGCACUCCUCUGCUAUUCGACUAUUAGAGCCACAUAUUGGCACAUUGACUCACUGACACACUGACUUACUGACCCCCCGGAACGGAGUGGUUCUGGAUGGAGACAGCCUGCGGGUGCCGAGGGCCACGAGACGCACAGGAAUCAACUGGAGCGACGGCAUCGGCAUCGGUAUCGCUCUUGGUAUCGGACUCACCAUCGAAAGCACUAUUGGCAGGGGCAUCAGCAGCCGCUUUGGCCACCGGUUGCCAGGCACAACCGCAGCUUCAACAACGGCAGCCACAUCAACAACAUGGCCAUAAAGCAACAGCACCGAGCGAGCUGUAAUUCAUGGUUACAACUACCCAACAAACUGCUGAUAUUGGUGGCGAACACAGAUACACACCCAUCUCAAAAGUACCGCCAUGAAUGAGACAGAGUGCGAGGAUCUCAUCAAAUCUGUGAAAUGGACGGAACCAGCCAAUCUGAUCUCCCUGGCCGUACUCGAGUUUAUCAACGUUCUGGUCAUCGGUGGCAACUGCCUUGUGAUUGCCGCCGUCUUCUGUUCGAAUAAGUUGCGCAGCGUGACGAACUUCUUCAUUGUCAACCUGGCCGUUGCCGACCUUCUGGUGGGUCUGGCGGUGCUACCCUUCUCGGCCACCUGGGAGGUCUUCAAGGUUUGGAUAUUCGGCGAUCUGUGGUGCCGCAUUUGGCUGGCCGUCGACGUCUGGAUGUGCACGGCAUCGAUCCUAAACCUGUGUGCCAUAUCUCUGGAUCGCUAUGUGGCGGUCACGCGACCCGUCACCUACCCCAGCAUAAUGUCCACGAAGAAGGCCAAGUCCCUAAUCGCCGGCAUUUGGGUACUAUCAUUUUUUAUUUGCUUUCCGCCGCUAGUCGGCUGGAAGGAUCAAAAGGCGGUCAUACAGCCGACCUAUCCAAAGGGAAACCAUACGCUUUACUACACCACCACGAUGUCAAGCUCGGAGGCUGGUCAACUAGGCUUAGAUAGCAUUAAGGAACAGGACGAAGUGUCGGCACCGCCGCCGCAUGUGGGCAAUGGCAACGCCUACAAUCCCUACGAUCCCGAUUUCGCCCCCAUCGAUGGAUCCGCGGAGAUUCGGUUGGCGGCCAUGGGUUCGACCAGUACAACAAGUACUACGACGACGACUUCGAGUUCGAUGUCGAGCAGUACGGAAGCGGAAAUGGAUCUCGAUCUGCUGAACGCACCGCCGCAGAACAGACUCGUGACCACUUCCGGCAGCUGCCCCUGGAAAUGCGAGCUGACCAACGAUCGCGGGUAUGUCCUGUACUCCGCUUUAGGAUCCUUCUACAUACCCAUGUUCGUGAUGCUCUUCUUCUACUGGCGCAUCUAUCGGGCGGCCGUGAGAACCACCAGGGCCAUCAAUCAGGGCUUCAAGACCACCAAGGGCAGUCCCCGCGAGUCGGGCAACAAUCGGGUGGACGAGUCCCAGCUGAUAUUGCGCAUCCACCGCGGACGACCCUGCUCCACCCCGCAGCGCACACCCCUUUCGGUGCACUCGAUGUCCUCGACCCUCAGCGUGAACAGCAAUGGGGGAGGCGGAGGUGGUGGAGCAGGUGGAGGAGCAGGGGCCUCUGGCGAGGAUCACCUUCAGGGCGGCACCCCCAAGCGAGCCACGUCGAUGCGCGUCUGCCGCCAGCGGCACGAGAAGGUGGCCAUCAAGGUGUCCUUUCCCUCCUCCGAGAAUGUCCUGGAUGUCUCGAGUAAUCAGCAGCAGCAGCCGCCGCCUCCCUCGCCCCACUAUGCGGUAAUCAGCAGCGCCAACGGACGACGUGCCUCCUUCAAGACGAGCCUCUUUGACAUUGGCGAGACCACCUUCAAUCUGGAUGCAGCUGCUCCCUCGGCGGGCGACGGAGACCUGGAGACGGGCCUCUCGACCACCUCGCUGUCGGCCAAGAAGCGGGCCGGAAAGCGGAGUGCCAAGUUCCAGGUGAAACGCUUCCGCAUGGAGACCAAGGCGGCCAAGACGCUGGCCAUCAUCGUCGGCGGCUUCAUCGUCUGCUGGCUGCCCUUCUUCACGAUGUAUCUGAUUCGCGCCUUCUGCGACCACUGCAUCCAGCCGACGGUCUUCUCGGUGCUCUUCUGGCUGGGCUACUGCAACUCGGCCAUCAAUCCGAUGAUCUAUGCCCUGUUCUCCAACGAGUUCCGCAUCGCCUUCAAGCGGAUCGUCUGCCGAUGCGUUUGCACGCGCAGUGGCUUCCGCGCCUCGGAGAAUUUCCAGAUGAUAGCCGCGCGAGCGCUGAUGGCCCCGGCCACAUUCCACAAGACCAUUUCCGGAUGCUCGGACGACGGGGAUGGGGUGGACUUUAGCUGACUAAUCGGCAGCUACGAGCAGAGUCCGCUGCAGCGGAGCUCCUCGCUGCCGCAGGAGGCGGAGUGCUCGACUUCCGUUUCCGGUUCGCAACGGCGCAUCCGGCGGGGUGGAUUCUGCAAGGGCCGCGUCCUCUAAAAUGGGGGGAUGCCCCUGUGUACACAAUGCAUUUCGCUUUUUUGAUACUUUUGUAAGCACACCGCCAGACGCAGAAGCAGACGCAUCCCACUUCUCAAAGAAAAUGAAAGAAAACUGUCAGUAUUCGCAUUGAACGACGUUGUAACUGUAUGGCAAUAAUUUUCAUGUAUUUACCUAGACCUAAGGCUAUGUUAAACCAUAUAGAUAUGUACUACUAUACCUACCAUAUGAGAUACAGAUACGGAUACAGAUCACCAGGAGAUACACCUGUUAGACGUUAAGCAGCCCUUUGUUUUCAGUUACGUUGUUUGUGUACAUGUGUUAGGCGCUGAGGAAAACUCUCACACGCAUUAGUUAAUCCAGAUAUAUAUUGAAUGUAUAUGUAUGUGUGUAUCGCAGCUGUGUAAGUCGGCUGCAUUUUCAAUAAAAGUAAAACAGCAAAAAACAAAAAAAAAACAAAAAACGAACAAAGCAAACAUGAAAACCAAUCAAAGUGAGGACAAAAGAUAAAAACAAGUGCCGACGAAGAAAACAGAAAUUGGCAAAUACCAACGGGUAACUAACAGGUAUUGACA